CAGGAGGUACAUUCUGGGCUCGAUUGUCGACAGCGAGAAGAACUACGUGGACGCCCUCACGCGGAUCCUGGAGCAGUACGAGCGGCCGCUGGCGGAGAUGGAGCCGCGGGUGCUGAGCGAGCGGAAGCUGCGGGUGGUGUUCCACCGGCUCCGGGAGGUGCGGCAGUGCCACCGCCUGUUCCAGAUGGCGCUGGCCAGCCGCGUGGCCGAGUGGGACGCCGUGGAGAUGAUCGGCGACGUCUUCGUGGCUUCGUUCUCCAAGUCCAUGGUGCUGGACGCCUACAGCGAGUACGUCAACAACUUCAGCGCGGCCGUGGCCGUCCUCAAGAAGGCCUGCUCCACAAAGCCCGCCUUCCUGGAGUUCUUAAAGCAGAGCCAGGAGUCCAGUCCAGACCGCGUCACGCUCUACAGCCUGAUGACCAGGCCCAUCCAGAGGUUCCCGCAGUUCAUCCUGCUGCUCCAGGACAUGCUGAGGAACACGCCCCGCGGACACCCCGACCGGCUGCCCCUCCAGAUGGCGCUGACGGAGCUGGAGACGUUAGCAGAGAAAUUGAACGAGAGAAAGCGAGACGCAGAUCAGCGCUGCGAAAUGAAGCAGCUAGCGAAAGCCAUAAACGAGAGAUACCUGAACAAGCUUCUCAGCAGUGGGAGCCGGCACCUCAUCCGGUCCGACGACGUGAUCGAGACCGUGUACAACGACCGCGGCGAGGUCCUCAAGACGAAGGAGCGGCGGCUGCUCAUGCUGACCGACGUGCUCAUGUGCGUCACGGUCAGCGCCCGGACGGGCCCGGACAGCCACGCGCUGCUGCCGGCCAGCCAGAGGCACCUGCUGAAGUGGAGCGUGCCGCUGGGCCACGUGGCGGUCGUUGAGUACGGCCACCCCGAGGGCGCCGCCGAGCACCCCCCCGAGAGCCUGGCCGUGGUGGCCAACGCCAAGCCACACAGAGUCCACGUGGGGCCCGGGCAGCUGUACCAGGACCUGCAGAACCUGCUGCACGACCUCAACGUGGUGGGGCAGAUCGCGCAGCUCGUCGGGGACCUGCGGGGGCACUACCAGAACCUGAACCAGGCCGUGGCCCACGACUGGGCGUCCGGGCUGCAGAGGCUGGUCCUGCGGAAGGAGGAGGAGAUCCGCGCGGCCGACUGCUGCCGGCUCCAGCUGCAGCUCCCGGGCAAGCAGGACAAGUCCGGGCGGCCCACCUUCUUCACGGCCGUGUUCAGCACCUUCACGCCCGCCUGCAAGGAGUCCUGGCUCAGCAGCCUGCAGAUGGCCAAGCUUGCGCUGGAGGAGGACAACCACGUGGGCUGGUUCUGCGUGGAGGACGACGGCAACCAGGUCAAGAAGGACCGGCACCCGCUCCUCCUGGGACACAUGCCGGUGACGGUGGCCAAGCAGCAGGAGUUCAAGAUUGAGUGUGCCGUCUACAACCCCGAGCCCCACCCGGGCCGCGCGGGCCGGCCGGACCCGACAGGCGCCGCCCAGGGCUUCCUGUGGAUCGGAAGUUGUACGGGUCAGAUGGGCCAGAUCGCCAUCGUCUCCUUCCACAACUCCAACCCCAAAGUCAUCGAGUGCUUCAACGUGGAGUCGCGCAUUCUCUGCAUGGUGCACAUGCCCGCCGAGCGGGGCCCCCAGCCCAGCCCCGCCCCGGAGCCCGGGACCACGGCCGGGAGUGCCCUGGGCAUCCCCACCGUCUGCCUGGGGACCGAGGAAGGAAGCAUCUCCGUCUACAAAAGUAGCCCAGGCGCCAAGAAAGUGCGGCUGCAGCAGUUCUUCACCCCCGACAAGGCCACGGUCAUGAGCUUGGCCUGCACGCCGCGCAACCUGUACGCGGGCCUGGUCGAUGGGGCCGUGGCCGUCUACGCAAAAGCACAAGACGGAUCCUGGGAUUCCGAGCCGCACAAAGUGAUCAAGUUGGGCGUGCUGCCGGUCCGGAGUCUGCUGACGGCGGAGGACACCCUGUGGGCGGCCUCGGGAGGCCAGGUCUCCAUCGUCAGCGUGGAGACGCACGCGGUGGGGAGCCAGCUGGAGGCCCACCAGGAGGAGGGCAUGGUGGUCUCGCACAUGGCCAUUGCUGGCGUGGGGAUCUGGAUCGCCUUCACCUCCGGGUCCACGCUGCGCCUGUUCCACACGGAGACCCUCAAACACCUCCAGGACAUCAACAUAGCCACGCCUGUCCACCACAUGUUACCAGGUAACCGGGCGGGGAAGGCGGGUCCUGCAGGCGGAGGGGUGAUGGAGACUGGG